UUGUGUGGUGCUUUUUCGUUAUCCAAUUGUAUACUAUUCUCUACAGUCACUUGAAUUUCGCAAUUUCUUCAAGUCACACCAAGAAAAAGGUACAUCCAGUUUCAGCAUGACCGACUCAGUAGCAGUGGCAUUGCGCUUGCGCCCACUUGUCAAAUCGGAGGAGGACCGCGGCUGCCGUAUGGCAGUGCAGCGUCCCGACGCUGGAGUUCCCCAGGUAAUAGUGAAUAACAAAGCAUUUACGUACAAUUAUGUGUUCGACUGCGGGGACAGUCAGGAGGAUGUGUACGAGACGUGUGUAGCCAGUAGGCUGAAGAAGCUGCUCGAUGGUUUCAAUUUAACAAUACUCGCUUAUGGCCAGACCGGGUCUGGAAAGACUUAUACUAUGGGCACCGCUUUUAAUGGCAGUAUGGGCGAGCAUGCUGGCAUUAUUCCGAGGGCUGUCAACGAAAUCUUUGAAAAGACGGUCGCCAUGGCGGAGCAGUGUGAUUUUAGGAUCACCUGUUCCUUCGUCGAGUUGUACCAAGAGCAGUUCUACGACCUGUUCUCACCGAACAGGCGGGAGGACAGCAUUGUCGACAUACGUGAGGAUAAAAAUGGAAUUUUUAUGCGUGGACUCACCGAGGUGGAAGUGACCGGUGCCAAACAGGUGGCGAGUGAGCUAAUGCGCGGCUCCUCGGGUCGCGCCGUUGCCUCUACGGCGAUGAACGAAAGUUCCUCACGGUCUCACGCCAUUUUCACUCUAUCGGUGGUGGCAAAACAAAAGACUGGCCAGAAAUCUGUGAUCAAAUCGAAAUUUCAUUUGGUUGAUUUGGCCGGAUCGGAAAGGUGCGCGAAGACGAUGACUUCUGGUGAUCGCUUCAAGGAGGGCGUCAACAUCAACAAGGGCCUGCUCGCCCUGGGAAAUGUCAUAAAUGUGCUGGGCUCUGGAGAAAGUGCUGCCUAUGUGCCAUAUCGGCAGUCGAAGCUGACGCGAUGGUUGCAGGAGUCCUUGGGUGGCAAUUCGAUAACAUUGAUGAUCGCCUGCGUUAGUCCGGCAGAUUACAACGUGGCCGAGACAAUCAGCACGCUGCAAUAUGCGGAUCGUGCGCUACAAAUUAAGAAUAAGCCGGUGGUGAAUGUCGAUCCGCAUGUGGCUGAGGUGAUGAUGCUCAAGGAAACAGUACAAAAGCUGCGCAUCGAGCUGCUGGCUCGAGGUGCCGACAGCGGCAGCGUGGGAGCAGGUGUUGAGAAUGGCUCUGGACUGUCACGUAAUUCGGCGCUGGAGAAUCAGCGGAUAAGUGAGCAGCUGCAAGAGGCCAAGCAGCAUAAUCGUCAAUUGCAAAAGGAGCUACAGGAGGCGUUGCUCAAUCUGGCCGAUAAGGAAAUGCAGGCACACAUAACGGAGGUGAACCACGACAAGGUCAAGGCGAGCGUACUUGAGUUGAUGACUAAGUUGGGCGAGGCACAACAGCUGAGUAUGGAAGGGCAGGAACAGGGGGAGGAGGAGGAGGAGGAGGAGCAAUCCGUGCUGAAGCAGCAUUUGCGCGAUGUUGUACAGCUGGUCAGCGGAGUGGAUGAGGAGCUGAAACAAACAGAAAUCGCCCUGCAGACUCAUCGGAAGGAGUGCCUCACUGCCGGCGCCAGCAGUAGCAGCAGCGUGGAGUCCAAUUUGGGCAGCAGCGAGGAGAUAAAUGAGCACACUACGAAGCAGCUGGAUCUUAAUGUUAAACUGCGCCAAAUCAAUAGUCAGCUGGAUCUGAAGCAGGAACUGCACGAUCGCGUCGCUCUGAACUUCAGACGGUUGGACGAGGAAGGCAACGAUGAGAAGUUGAAGGAGUACCAGGUGAAGGUAGAGCAGCUCGAAUCGGAGCGUCGCGAACUGAUGGAGCAGCUGCGCAUCACUAAACAGAAGGAGAUCUCCGCCAAGCUGGCCGAGGAGCGACGCAAGCGGCUGCAGUUGCUCGAGCAUGAGCUGACGGAUAUGCGGCGCAAGAUCGUCCAGCAGGGCAACAUGCUCAAGAUGCGCGAAAAGGAGAGCGAGAAGAUCAAGAACCUCAGCACCGAGAUCCGUGCCAUGAAGGAGUCCAAGGUAAAACUGAUCCGCGCCAUGCGCGAAGAAUCCGAGCGGUUCCGCCAAUCCAAAAUGCUAAGCGAGAAGCAGAUGACCCAGCUGAAGAGCAAAGACAGGAAAAUGCAGAGCGAACUGGUCCGCCAGAAGAACCUCUACGACAAUCAGCGCCUGGUGCUCAAGCGCAAGUGCGAGGACGCAAUGGCCGUUAACAAGCGGCUGAAGGAUGCGCUGGAGCGUCAGAGAUCUGCGCAGGCGCAACGUCAGCGACAUGCCAAGAAUCAGACGGCUGAUGCUGGCAAGCUAGAUGCGUUGAUGGAUCGGGAAGUGGAGGUUAUACUCUCGUUGGUCGAUGCCGAGCACAGUCUGGAGCAGCUAAUGGAGGAUCGGGCGGCGAUCAAUGCGCAGUGCAUGCAAAUCAAGGAACGGCAGGAACCGGAUCAAGAGGAGGCAGCUUACCAGGCUUCACAGUUAGCCAGCUUGGAGGAGGAGCUGGAAAUGCGCAAUGCGCAAAUUGCGGAUCUGCAGCAGAAGGUGUGCUUUAACGACCUGGACAGUCGUCUGUCGGCAGUCUGUGAAAAUGUUCAUAGCCUUGGAGAGGCGCGUGUCAUCAGCAGCAAGGUGUUGAAGAUGCUCGUCCAGCAGCGACGCGAACAGGCGCAGUGCACCAUGGAGCGCAUGAUGCUGCUGCAUCAUCAUAAAGAGGCUUCGCUGCGUAUCGAGAAACUGACCGAACAGUUUCGAAUCGCCGAGUGCCGGUACGAGCAGCAGAUGCUCAAUGAGAAGCGCAGCUAUGAAGAGAAGAUGGCGAUGCUACUGCGCGGCGGUGAUCUGGCCCAACAGCAGAUCGUUGAGGAGCUGCUUAGCUCCAAGGAAGCGUUGCAACAGCAGCUCGACCUCCUCACGUCCAAAGCGAAUUUGUCGAAGAAGCACAAAAAAGGCGCAGGUGAAGAUAAAUACGCAGUUGAAGCAGUUGGGAACGAAUCAUUGCUCAACAUUAGCGAUGAAUCCAUUGAGGACAAUAAUAUGGACAGCGAUCCCGACUGGGUACCAGCAAAGAAGCGCUCCAAGAAAUCGAAUUCUCUGAGACAGCCGUGCAUCGACAGCGACACUUCGAAUCCCAAUCCCAUUGCUAGUACCAAUAGCAAUAUUAAACACACUGCAAACAGCAGCAGGAGCAACACCAGCACGAACAACAAGAGCAACAGCAGCCAGCUGAAGCACUGUUCCUGCACCACAAGUUGCAGUUCAAAACGCUGUGGCUGUUAUUCAGCGGGCAACAGCUGCAACGACUAUUGUAAAUGCCGAGACAGUUGUCAGAAUCCUGUCAACAAGGAGAAUGCGAUGCCGAACACCUCGGUCCCAGAUGAGAAGAACGGGGGUGUGCUGCUUUCAUCUCCAAAGCUGGUGGCCAGCUCCUCCCCCUGCAGUCCCUCUGAGCGCACCUGCUUAAAGCUGCCCAGAAACUUGCAGCUACACUUGGAUACGCCGUCAGUCAAAGAGAAGUUCUUUUAAGCGAUGCCAUCUCUCCUCCCGUGUAGUAUAUAUAUUAUCGACUUGCCAACUAUUUCAAUUAACGUGUUUGUGAUCUUUUCUUUUAAUGUUAAUGCGACUAAAUUUGUUCAAAUAUUUGCUAAAUGUAAGAGUGCAAAUUGCAAGGACUGAACUUAAUAUAUUCUAUAAAAUCACAAA